GCAGAUUAUUCCCCUCUUCAGUGAAUUUUUAUUAUAGUUAGUAGGUACAUCCAUACUUUAGGGUGUUAUUUGUUUUAGUCGGUGCGAGUGCUGGGUACAAUUGUGUCUUCGUGGUCAUAAUUGGAUUAUUUCUGUAGUUUGGUGCGGCGGGUGUAUGAUGAAGUGCAGUGUGGUGAGACGGUGGAUAUGUCGCGCAUAGUGUUUCCGAUUGACGUCGUCGGCGUCCUUGUGUCUGCUAUUGGCGUCUCCGUCGUCUGUUGGCCGGGCGUCUCCUGAGGAGGGGAAAAAGAUGGAGAUUCCGCCCAUGACGCGUCUCCGUCAUUACCAUUUUUAUCCUCCGUGAUGGUGGGACUCGGAUUUCAGCAGUUCCAUCUCCCUAAUCGCGCAUAAGUGGUGAGUCGAUUGCGGCUGAGGGGUAAGUGUUCCUUGAUCGGUGGCUAAUAGUUGUGGCGCUUAGGAAAGGCGCCAAAAGUCACCAUGACUGAGCGCAUAAAUUUUUGAGGGAUUAGGUGUCGUAGAUCCCAUAAUACGUCAUUUAGGCCGAGUAAACAUGGAAUGCGUGACGAUAAUACAAGGCCAUUUAGAUAAAGUAGUAGUGUAAGGUCAGCAUCCCACAGUGCCAGGACGAAGUAAAGGAGGGAUCGGCGUGGCACGGCACGGCGGCAAGAGAGCGUGGUGUCGUCGCGCCGAUUCCCCGUUUUCGCCACAGAUGGCACUGGUUUGUCCAUUCUUGUGAAAAUAUGAGGAAAAGGUAGUUUUUGAGAACGGCGCGGCGGUAAAAGUGUUGUUUUCGUGGUGUUUAUUUGUGUUUGAACGUGGAGUCGUAGAAGAAGUAGUGAUCGUUCGGUGGGCCGGAAUGAAGAAGUAGCGAGCGUUUGCGUGCUGUCGAGCGCAAGUCUGUCCGCGAUUGGCCGGAUCCGCACCUGCUCGGAUUGGCGCGCUUGUGGAGGGGCGCCAUUACCGCUCUAGUACCGUGGAUAAGGCAUAGAGGGCUAUAGACUGAACAUACAUGGGUCAUAAAGGAUUCGAAGAAGUAGAGGAGAAGGACGCGUAAGAAAUACUCCGCUAAGGGCGAAACGAGGCCGUCGAAGUAGACUCGAGUGCGCGGUCGUAAACGAGUGCCGUGGUGCUAAUCACCGGACUAUGACAACAAGUGCGCUGUGCAGUGGCCGGAACCAGCAAUGAGUUCCAAAUUCAUAAUUGAUAGCAUGCUCCCGAAGUACCACCAGCAGUUCCAUCACCAGCAGCUGUUCCAGAGCCCCGCCGCCACCUCCUCCAUAGAGGCCAGCCUCGCCUCCUCCGCGGUCAACUACAGCUCGUCCGGCUCGCCGAGCGGCUCCUCGCCACAACAUUCCAGCAGCAGCGCGUCGUCGACCUCCCCCGCCGCCAGGAUGUACCCGUACGUGUCGGCCGCCGCCGCCCACCACCACCACCAGCAGCAGGCGGCGGCCGCCGUGGCCUUCGGCGCGGCGGCCGCCUCGGGCACGAUGGUGCCGUCGUUCUCGUCGAGCGCCAGCACCGCGGCGUUGGCCGCCGCCGCCGCGGUCGACGCCGCCGCCGACAAAUCGUGCCGGUACACGGCCGGCCUCGCCGCAAACGUCGCCCCCACCGACUCCAUGGUCAACUACACGCUCGGACACCACCACCAGAACGGCGCCGCCGUCUCCGCCGCCAGCUCGGUCAGCGCCGCCUCCGCCUCCAUGGCCGUCGCGGCGCAGUUCUACCACCAGGCCGCCAGCGCCGUCGUCGACCCGCUCAACUCGUGCUCGCAGCCCGCCGCCCCCGGCGGACAGCCCAUUCCGGACAUACCGAGGUAUCCUUGGAUGUCGAUCACAGACUGGAUGAGCCCAUUUGACCGAGUGGUCUGUGGGCCGAACGGGUGUCCAAGACGACGCGGUCGCCAAACUUACACAAGGUUUCAGACGCUGGAACUCGAGAAGGAAUUUCAUUUCAACCAUUACCUGACAAGGCGGAGACGCAUAGAAAUAGCGCACGCCUUGUGUCUAACGGAGAGACAGAUCAAAAUCUGGUUUCAGAACAGGAGGAUGAAGCUGAAGAAGGAAUUAAGAGCGGUGAAAGAGAUUAACGAGCAAGCAAGAAGGGAGCGAGAGGAACAAGAAAGGCACAAACAACAGCAGCAAGAAAAGCAGCAGAAAAUAGAGCAACAGACGCAUUCGUCUAUACACCAGCACCACCACGACCCUAUGAAAAUGAGCUUGGAUAAAACCGGUGGUUCGGAUCUCCUAAAAGCCGUCUCCAAAGUACCUACAUAAAAAAAUUGUGACCUAACUAGUGCAAGAAACAGAGUGUCGUGUCACAAAGUUGUCUCGAUGUGCGUACUGUUGACUCUAGUGACGAGUUCAAAACUUUUUGUUUUAUAAAAAGCUUCGUUAUUUGUGUUUCAUUCGUUGUACAUAAAAGUAGUGUGUUCACGUUAAUAUUUUAUACUUAAAAGUAAUUUUUAUAGUAUUUUUUAAGUUACUCGAUCAGGUUUCUGAUCUAAACUCAUUGACGUUAUUUUACGUACCACUGUUGUGAUUAAUUAUUUAAGUUUAACAAGCAUUCUAAAAUGCGUUUAAAUGUUUUUACUUAUGUUUUGUCAAUAUUUGUUUUCCAGUAGUCUUGCUAAAUUUGUUGCUUGUUACGUUUUACUUUGUUUUAACUUUGUGCCAAGCUUAUAUAAGCAACCAGCCAUAUUAUAGUGAACAGGAACUCACUCAUAUAUUUUUACAUAUAUUGAAGUUUCCAGCAGUUUCCAAAAUUACAAAAAAAAAAACUGAAACGGCCGAGUAUUUUACUCUUAGUACUCUUAUACGUAAUUUGGUGUCAGGGUAGUAAAAAACCUAAAAAUACAGUUUAGUAGUAUAAAAACAAAAUUAACUUACAUACAUCUAAGCGUAAUUUUCCCUUCUAAUUCAUAGCUAUUGUCGUAUCCCAACUCGUCUUCUCGUGUAAAAUAUUUUCUUAGAUUAUUGAUGUUGUUAUGUGUAAAACUAUGUAAUAGUUUGUUGGCGGGAGCGCCUCAUCCACAUUUAGAUACGUAAAAUUGUACAAUAUUUUCAAAAAGUCACAAAUUGUAAAUUUUUAACAUUUUAAAAUGUAAAUUUUUUGUUUAAUAUGUAAAAAUAAAUACGUAUACGCGAUUUUUGUUAAUUUUUCAAAUUAUAUUUUUUCGGUAUUAGUUGUAAAAAAAAGUUCAGUUACUUAUCCCAUCAUCCUUCAAACUUAACGAAUAUUGUACAGAACAGUUACUGUAAAUACAUAUUAGCUACGGCCAUGUAGACGUAUUGUUAAUGAAUUCCCUAUAUUCAAGCAAACUUGGACUGAUUAACGCUUUUAAGGAAACAAAAGCUUACUAGAAGUAGGUUAUUACAUAUUUAGCAAAAACCAGUAUAAUGUAGUACAAGUACCAAUUACUUGCCUAGGAAUUUCGUUCAUUAUUUAUUUUAGUCGAUGUGUACCUUUGUCAGAAAUUAAUUUAGCUUCCUCAAAACUCCCCCGUGCCCCCACCAGUGUGAUUGUUUAAUCGGAUGAAUUCGUGUCGAUUAUUUCACAAAAUAAACAGACGAAUUUAUUUUGUACCUAAUCCAUUUACACGAGAAUUAAUUUCCACCUCUGCGCAAAAUGAUCAGCUUCUGUUGGUUUUGUGAAAUAAAAUGAUUGCAGCUCUCUUCAGCCUGUGAUAGAAUCCAUUAUGUUUUGUGAAGCUGUAUUGACUUACACCUUUAGUUGAAGUACGAUAACUGGGUUUGCAUUGAUUAUCAAUAAAAAUUGUUGCUGUUGUUGAAGUACUGAAAAAGUGCAAUACGAUUUAUGUUAUUUUGUAUGUUGAUUAGUUUUCUAGAAAAGCACGUGCAAUCUCUUAUCAUUUUCCUCGUGAAAUGAUUCAGAGCAUAUCUUUGGUACAACACUUUGUUAAGUUUACUUUUGUUAGUAGUCAGUGUAAACCUGCAGUAUUGUUUGGGAAAACUUUAUAGAAAAUCAUAUCAUUUACACAGUGCGGAUAAUUUAGUUGUGGAACGUUUGUAUGACUGUAAUUAACGUAAUUUAUAAAAUGUUUAUAAUAUCGUAAGUAGUGUAAGUGUACAUGUUUCGUAUUGUUUGAGGUAGAACUUACUUCCAUACCAGCUCUCCAAGCCGAAUUACUCUUGAAUGUAUUAUAAAUCGACCGUAUCACUUCUAUAGUGCUACCAUUUGCUUUGAUGCCAUGUUUCAUAUAUAACUGUAUAACCUUAUAAGAUGUAUUGUACAGAUUGU